AUGGCUCCCAUCGAACCCACAGCCGAGCUUUCACAUCUCACAAAGUCCGACGGCUCUGCGACAUUCUCAUACGGCGGAUAUGCCGUGAUAGCCGCAGUCAACGGCCCUGUCGAGGCCCAGAGACGAGACGAGAAUGCCUUUGAGGCUCUGGUGGACGUCAUUGUUCGUCCCGCCGCUGGCGUAGGAGGUACCCGUGAGAGACAGCUUGAGUCCAUCAUGCAGGCUGCGCUCAGGCAGCUCAUCCCUGUGAGAGACUUUCCUCGAUCUGUGAUUCAGAUCACUCUUCAGGUGGCCGAGACACCUGAGAAUGCAUACGUCAAUGCAAAGAUCAAUCAAGCCCAAUUGAACCUCCCCAUCAUUCCCGCACUUUUCCACACAGCUAUCCUAGGACUUCUCAGCGCCGCAGUUCCUCUGAAGACUAUCGGCGCAGCGACUCUACUUGCCAUUCCUGAGGAGGAGGGCAAAGGCAUCAUCGUCGAUCCAAGCGCCGUAGAUAUUGAUCACGCGAAGUCAGUGCACGUUCUCGGAUUCACUUCUCACGAUGACUUGCUCUUGGCGGAGAGUGAGGGCGCUUUCACCCCCGAUGAGUGGACCAAGGUUCUCCAGACUGGACAGCGCAUAUGUUGCGAACAUCAGCAACCUGGCUUCGAUACAGCUAUGUCCGGAGACAAUGUUGAAUCCCCGGGCAUGCGACAGUUCAUCCGCUCUGCUAUGGAAGCUCAAGUGGCGGAAGACCUUCACUGGAAAUGA